CAAGCGGUCCGGACGUGUUUUUCGUCGCUGUUUGUGUUACCCAUGUUUUAUACUUGUGUUUGUGUGAAAAUCACUGUUUAAGCCUAAAAACAACGUAUGCAAAUGCGUUGCCAACGUUACGCACGCGUAGAAAUAUAAAACCCAAGUGCUAGUUAAAUGAAAAGAAAGAAAAAAUAGAAAAUAAAACCGCAAAGUGUGAAACAGCGAAUGACGAGCCGCGUCUAGUGAAAGUGCAGCAAACACACACACACGCACAACAAAAUUAACAACUAUUACACAGUUGACUAUUUAUUCAGUUUUUGCCAGUAUAUACAAACAAAAUUAAAUAACUAGCAGCAGCUACUUCAUCGGCAUAGCUACCUGUUGUUGAUUAAGUUCAGUGGACGCAGCAGCCGCUCGCGCAAACAAAAAUUCUAACUGUUGCUUUGCUGUGUAUACGCGAGUGAGUUUAUGUGGGUGUGUGUGUGUGUGUGUGUAUAUAAAGUGCAUUUACAAUUUUAGUUAGCUCUGCUACAACUAACGGUACAACAACAUAUAUACAUACAUACAUUCGUAUAUAAAUAUUUUGCGCAAAAGUUUUUAACAGCUUUGUGGUAAGAAAUGGCGCCCAUGCCACGCAUUCAAUUGCCCAACAGCAGCAGCAAUACGUCCAUCAAGGCCAGCACAAAUAAUUUUCUCUAUGCCGAAACAAUUUCCGGCGACAGCAGUCCGACGCCCAGCAGUCCGCCCUCGAGCACAGCAGGCGUUGCCAAAUCGCAGUGCUCCUCGCUGUCCGAUGGCGAAUCCUUUGAGGGCUAUGGCGAGAAUGAAUAUUGCGCACAGCGACGCGAGGCGGGCAAUCCGCAGGGCAACAGCACAAGCAACAACACCAACAACAAUAAUGGGAACAACAACAUUCACAAUAUAAGCAGCGGCAUCAGCUCCUCAACGCACAAUCACAACCACAACCACAGUGUUCACUCGAAUGAUGGCAACAAUAAUUUGAAUGACAGCGCUGGCAUUGAGCUUGAGCUGGCGCCCCAUGUGGUCUCAUCUUCGCCCAAGGAUGACGAGGAGCUCAACAUUAUGCCGCGCGACAAUUGGAGCAGACGCAGUCUGCGACGCACGCCCACAAGCAAUCCCGAUAGUUUAUCCCAGCGUCGUUGGGGCUCCAUGAGACAUUCCGGUCGCAGACAAAUAACAUCCAAUGCCUUAGCCAGCCAACUAUACAGAUCAUCGAGCUUCAACUCCUCAGGCCGUAGUUCCAACUGUGAUACAACUGAAGACAUGUAUAGCGAUAUUAGUCUGGAGAAUCGUCAUGAUUACGACUAUAGGUUGGAGCUGCUGCAGCGCAAGGUGGACGAUCUGUCGGAUACACAGAACAUAGCCGAGGAUCGCACCACGCGCACCAAGACCGAAUAUGCUGUGCUCCAAGCGCGCUAUCACAUGCUCGAGGAGCAGUACCGAGAGUCGGAGCUGCGUGCGGAGGAGCGCCUGGCGGAGGAGCAGAAGCGCCAUCGCGAGAUCUUGGCGCGCGUGGAGCGCGAAGCGUCGCUGCAGAACGAGAACUGCCAGAUGAAGAUCAAAGCCACCGAAAUCGAGGCGAAUGCACUGCGCGAUGAGGCGCAACGGUUGCGUGUCUUGUGCGAUAAGCAGGCCAACGAUUUGCAUCGCACCGAGGAGCAGCUGGAGCUGGCACGCGAUCAGAUUGCAUCACUGCAGCAGGAGUACGAUGAACAGGCGCAAGCGCUGCGUCGCCACGAGCAGGAGAAGAAGUCCGCCGAGGAGCUGAUGCUCGAGCUCAGCCGCGAGCUGCAGCGUCUGCGCGAGGAGAAUGGGGCGCGUGCCAUGCCCACCACAUCACCGGAGAGUAUAAGACUGGAGGAGCUGCACCAAGAGCUCGAGGAGAUGCGCCAAAAGAAUCGCACACUUGGGGAGCAGAACGAGGAGCUGCAGGCCACCGUGCUGGAGAACCAGGCCACCAUGCUGACCAAUGGUGUGGAACAGGGUCGCCAUUUGCUAAGCGGCACGCUCAAUAAUCUCGCCCAGGAGCUGGAGGAAAUGUCACAAGCUCAGGAUUCUGUGGAUUCAGCCACAUUAGCAUCCUUAAGCCAGCUGCAGCAGGCCUUCCAGGAAAAGGAGGAUGAGAAUGUGCGUCUCAAGCAUUACAUCGAUACCAUCUUACUCAACAUCGUGGAGAACUAUCCGCAGUUGCUCGAAGUGAAGCCAAUGGAACGCAAAUGAAUGAACAAACUCCAAUUGGGCCUCUUUGUGUCCGAACCACCUACAAUUAACUAAAUUACUAAAUGUACUAAUGUUAAAGUAACUGCUACGUUUAAGCGAACCCCCAUAAUAAUAUUUAUGUAUGUGUAACA